GCAGCGCCAAGGACAGCGACUGCGUCACUCGUGGGAAAAGCUCGAGUGGGAUGGUCUUUGUAAGCAUCAAGAGGAGGAAAAUGAUACAAUUGCGGAGAUGAAACCUCUGCGAUGUGAACCAAGAGGGACCGAGGUCUGCGUGAUCGUUGCAGCUAGUGUUUGGAUUGUAUGCAAUUUGAACCUGAUGGAAACGCCGCUGGUUACUUUGCGGUGGAGUAUCAGUAUUUUGUCAGUCGACAACUGAAGUCAAUGUCCUUGAGGGGGAACUCUUUGGAAAAGUGACUUUGCAUUUAAGAAAAGUACAUUACGAAACAAUCUGGACUCUGGAAAACGAUAUACAUAAUAUUUCCGACUGCAUAUCAUAAUCAGAAUGAAGGCCAAACAAGUAACCGUUUAUCCAGCAGAUGCAGGAGAGAGGGAAGUGGCAAAAGAUUAUCGUUUUUCCAAACUUUACAUGCUGAUGAAACCGUUGUUAACCAUAAUGAAAUUAGGUGGAGUAUUUUAUGAAAACAGCGAAAUAUCAUCACAAGUGAAGUCCAACUUCGGGAAGUACUAUUGUAUAGCAAUUUUCAUAUUUGACAUCCUGAAUACCUUGCGUCUCACCAGCUGUUUCUGGGUAGGAAGUCCAGAUUACGACUUCGCAGUCAAGGUGGUCAUGUACGCCAUGCUGUUGCAGCUACCCUGUUACGACUUCGUGUUUCUAAGAAUGAGUAGAAAAGGGACUGUUCUUACGUUCAUUGAGGACUGGGAUGGACUUCAGAACUACAAGAAGGAGUACUCCCCGGUUUUCGACUACCGUGGGGCCCUUCGAAGAGGACGGAAUAUCUUACUCGCGUUUGCCAUCAUCGAAGGUGUAUGUGUAAUUGGGGGUGCUGUUGGAGUCGUUUUUUUCCCGGUCAUGCUUGAUUUCUAUUCACCUUUCCUUGCUCCACUGUCGAAAGAUUUUGCAGGUGCCAAUGUACUUCUUUCAAUUUGGACACUUCUCAAUAUUUUUAGCAUUGUCAAACAGGUUAGUGUGGUGACUCUGCUGGGCUUGUUGGCUUACACGAUAUACAGGGAACUAUACAUUUUUCUGAAGCACUUCAAAGACGCCAUAUCCACGUCUGGGGAAUUCACUGGGAACUUUGAAAUGUUUCGGCUCUGGCAUACCAAGAUAUGUGACCUCGUCCUCACCUUGGAUGACAUUCUAGGCGGACCUAUCUUCAUCCUCUACGCUACUGUCAUACCAGGAAUGUGCGUUGUAAUCUACGCUCUCAUGAAUGGAACACUGAUGGCAUUUACUGUCAUCAACCUUAUCUUAUUUAUGUCUGUGGCCCUUGCCUUUAUGAUAUUUUGCCUGGCUGUUGGAAUCAUCUGGAUAAACCAUCCGGCUCAUCUUCCUCUAGAAUAUGCCUAUAGGAUCGACAUGUCUAGAGUGUCACAGGAGGUGGCCAACCAGAUCAACGUAUUCAUCGGUCGUAUGAAUGGCCCGUCCAUCGGACUGACUGCCAUGGAUCUGUUCACAUUGGACAAGCCAAUGGUGUUGACGCUGUUCGGAACAAUGGUGACAUACUCGGUGAUCGUUUUCCAGAUGACACCUCUACCAACUGACAAAGGAUGCAACCUCCUUCUCAACGACACUCUCGUAGAGAUGUUCAGAAAUGGCACACUACUUGUUUGCAAGCAACUCAAUGUGUAGAGGGGCCGACUGUGGGCUAUUUCUUGUAUGGCAGAGGAGAAGAAGUUAGGGGGGUGUCUGAGGUGUGCCUGAAAGACAUGCCCGAGAUCACAGAAAACUUCUCCCUACGGACAUUUCCAUGAACCGUGAACUAUACCAAUAACAAAUCAUAAAGUAUAUUGGGGAUGUGUCAUAAGCAUAUCGAGACAACUCUAUCAGAUCUCGCAGAUCCGAAACGACAGUUUUGUGACGCGCGUUUAUCGCGUUUAAUGAACUCGUUUACCUGUUGUUGCUCGGGAUGAAGUCAAUGUGAAGUGGUACAUAUGAUGACAAAAAGCUUUGACUGAGAAACACAUCAUAUUUUCCUAGUGUUUGAUCACACAAUAACCCUGUGCUAAGCAAACAAUGCCCUAUUACCCCAAUCAAUUUUGACGGUUAUUUCAGAAAUGCAAUGAUUGACCGAUGAGUUUCCAUGUUCCUUGGUCCUUCAGGAAGUAUACCAUGUUGACAGACACAGUUUACCGAGCUUUCAAGGUGACAUGUCCAUUAACAUUUAUAUCACCAAUAUUGUUGACUGGCCCUCGGUCACUAGUCCAUAGCAUAUAAUAUUCACUUUCCAAAGACGUACAUCUCAUGAAAUAUAUUUUUCUGAGGUGUCUUUGGAAAGUGAACAUAACUAUCAGAUAUUAGAUCCCUUUGGAUGAAAUGGAUUUUGUCUCGUCUGCCUAUAGUUCAGACAUGCGCAACGCGUUCCCGGCGCAAGCGUCAUGACGGGAAGUCGAUACUGAAAAGUUUGCCGUAUUUCGCGGCACUGCACAGUGUCAUAUACUUGUACAACAAACAGUGUGUGAAACUACAUGUAUACUUGGCUUGCAUGUCCAUACAUAGAUGUGUACGCGUGAAUAAUAUAUUCCAUGUUAGAAACAACAAGUCUCAAACACAAUCUAUAUACAUGUAAUUUAUAGAGGAACGUGUCCGCAGCGAGAUCAAGAUCAAUAUGGCCAACCCCCAAAGGAAACGGCCCAUAAGAACCGUGGAGUAUUAAUAUGGGAAAUUUGAAUAUCAAUAAAAAGAAACCAUCGCAAAUACAUACAUUCUUUUGACAUGCAGGUUUUUAUAUGGUGAACUGGAAUAACUUGUGUUCAGGCAUUGAAGCCAGGUCGGAACAUAUAUCUCGGAUUAACAACAGGACUGGGGACUAUAAACGCUGUGGACUGGCCCAUUAGCCUUCACUGUUUUGUGGCUCACAUGAGCAAUUGUUUAUAGCAAAGGGGAAAAAUAACAUUUUCAUAGUGCCAAAUGGUCUGAGAUUAUCAUAACUUGUAAAUGAGAUCCAUGCCAACUUUGAAUUCGAUCGGGAUUCCGUCAUAUUAGCCAAACUGCCCUUAUCAACGGACUAUGGGUGGUCAAAUCGUCGUGUCUUGGACACGGAGGAGACCUAACUAGCUCGUCUCGCCAGUCCUUCGACCCAUUUCACUUUCGGAGACCUUGUUAGGCCUGUGACUUGUACCGGUUACUAAAAAGCGAGCUUUGCUGAGAUUCGACCGGAUUGUCCGACCGACGUAUGGCACGAACCAUUAUCCCCCUAUGGAAGAAUUCGAUUUGGAUAUUGAUGACAGGUCGUUUAGAGAGAGUUCUAUUUACCAGGCGAUCGUCGGAUGUGACAGGUGUCGGCUACUCCAUUGCUUACAACGAGGCGAUGACGCCAGGAGGCGAGAUGACGAAUUCGGGACGACGUAUCUCCACGUUUUGGUCUCUAACGCCGAUUCGGUGACGGAACUUAAGUAUGUGCCAAUGGUAUAUCUCCUUUCAAACGCGGGGGUGGAGGUCAAUGUUUCAGAUUACCGAGGUAGGACAGCCUUUGAGAUGGUCCUGUCUAAGAUGCUGAGUGACAUGAUGAUUGCCUUGGCGCGCGUCGGGGCGGAUUUCGGAGCAGACGAUAGAAUGCUGAUGGCAGACGCUCACAUCUCGUUUGAGACAGAAAUGCUCCACUGGUACAGGAAGUUUGAGCCGGGGCUUUGGCAGGCUGUUGACGAGGGUAACUCGGUGGUUGUGGCAAGGCUGUUAAAUUCUUGGUGCAGGGUAAGGAUAUCUAAAAAUGGCGUGAGUUUGAUUCGGUCCGCCAGGGAAAAUGGACAAAACAGGAUUGCGUAUUUGCUGGAGGAGCAAAGGGCCACCAUGGAAUUUGUCCACGCUGCGCUGGCGGGGGAUGAGCAACGAAUGGUGGACCUCGUAGACAACAAAAACAUUGACAUCCACACCAGGGAUGAGUCUUAUUCUGUGAACUGUCUCAGUCGUCAGCCACAGCCGCGGACUUUGAGGGAUACAGUGGCGGCUUUGGGAUUGGAACACAUCCUACCCUUCCUACCAGAGCCCGUGAACAGACAUGACAACUUGGUGGCCAAGAUUAAGGAGAUUGCCAAAGACAGGUUGUGUAGCACAGAGACGCUCUCUCUACCUGAAUCGGAUACAACCAGCACGGAGACGCUGCGGUCUCAGGACUCGGGUUAUGGUCGGGAGUAUCGGAACAUCUCAAGGUUACCGGAACGCCUAAAACCCGUUUCUAUAGGGACCAAUAUGACGAAUGGAGUUUGCAGUGAAGAGAUUCGAAGUGCCGUGUGUACUAUUCUGUGAUAUUUGGCAAAGCCCUUUAUACUUAUUUAUUAUAUACAAUGUACAUGUUGUGACAGUGUCUAGGACGAGUGAAGCCGGCUGGUAAUUGGACAUUGUAGCAGCUACUGUCAUCAGAUUGGUUGUGACAUGGUCUCUACAGGGAGACAUACAGGACAUAUGCCUUCCCAAAUCAGUAAUUGCUUGAUGUGAAUUUAAACAGUUUUUGUAAAUCGCUCGCUAAUAAAUGAUCGAGAUAUUAA